GAAAAUAUCUGUGUACACAUUACAUGAAACGUCACGCUCACAUUCUCAUAGACAAACAGUACUAUAUUCAUCUGUAAAGGAACUAUUAUUAUGGAAUAUUACUAUUUGUAAAGGUAUUGAUCGUGAUAAUUGGCGACUCAUCAUUCGAUGAAAUGGAAGGAAAAUUAACAGAGAAAUAUAUGGACCAACUCGAACAAUGGAUAGAUACAGUGCCAAAGACAUUUACACUCCUGUUUGCAAUCACAAGAGAUGGAUGUGAUCCUGUGACAUUCCAUCAAAAAUGUGACAACCAGGGUGCCACCGUCACGGUUCUGUAUAACCAGCAUGGGUCAGUAUAUGGUGGUUUUACCAGUAUCAGUUGGACGUCAAAAACGGGAGUUUAUGUUAAAGAUGAUAAAGCGUUUUUGUACCAGCUCAAGUAUAGUGGCAGAGACAAUUUCAAUAUAUUUCGAGUAAAUUCUCCGGAUGGUGCCAUAGUUCAUAAUAAUCAAUUUGGGCCAUUAUUUGGAUCUGGUUAUGAGCUCUUCACAUUUAAGGGUAGAAUAAACAGAUCUGAAAACAUCUUUCCAUUAAAUGGAAGUAUGAAUCAAUCCGGAAAUACAUACAACAACCAGGGAAUGACAGCUAACCAGAUAAACAACGGUACAAUGGAAGUGACUGAACUUGAAGUUUACAUGGUAACAGAUGGUGAGCGUAAAAAGAAAAUAGAGAAACAGCUUUCACCUUGGCGAAAAAUUAAGGACUGGAACGAAAAGUUUCAUGAUGACCUUAAAGAAAAAAUAGUGAACUUUAAACCUAUACAAGGUUCGAAUGUAAGCGAGGCUCGAUUCGUGAUGUUAGGACCGGUUGGUGCUGGAAAGUCUAGCUUCUUCAACACUAUAGAUUCAAUUUACCGCGGCCGAAUCACACAGCGAGCUGGCAGCGGAAGUUCAGAGCACAGUCUCACCACUGCAUUUGUUCCGUAUUCUAUCGAAAUUAGUUCUGGGGCGACCUUGAACUUCCGGUUGUGUGAUACACGUGGUCUAGAAGAAUCUAUGGGUAUUGAUGUACUAGAGGGUAACUAUUUACUUGAUGGAAACAUACCGUACUACUACGAGUUUAACCCCACGAGACCAAUCACUCCAGAAUCGCCUGGGUUCAAAUCUGACCCUACUGGGAAUGACAAAGUUCAUUGUGCAGUGUUUGUAAUUGACUCUACAUCAUUAGAGGUGUUGUCAACAAAAAUUGUUGAGAAAAUGAAAGGACUACGGGGACUUAUGAAUCAAAAAGGAAUACCACAACUUAUUCUCCUGACAAAGGUAGACAAUCUCUGUGAGUACGUUGAGAAGGACGUGGCUCAGGUUUUCUACAGUACAAAAGUAAAAGAAGCUGUAGAUAAAGCUUCACAACUACUGGGUCUCCCACGUGCUAACAUACUUCCGGUGAAAAAUUACGAAAACGAGACUGAGCUUGACGACAACGUUGAUAUACUUGCUCUGUUGGCUCUACGUAAAAUGCUGCAUUGUUCUGAAGAUUUCAUGCUGAACAUGAAACACAGAGAGAAAGAUGUUGAAGGGGAAAUGGGAAAAUUGAAACUUGAAAAGUGAUUUUCAACGCUUAUCAUAGUAUGUGAAACUUUACAAAAACGGAAUUAAAAAGAAAUGCUAUAUUAAUAUACGCAUUAUGGAAAUAUUCUUGUUGCAUGUAAAUAACUGAACGAUAAGAAGAACUUCUUGAAACGCUGUACAAUAGUGGAAAUAUAUUACUAGUACUCGUUUUAUGUAAACAAUAUUCACAUGUACAUGUAUGCCCUGGCAACAUAUUUUUUGCACGUUUAAGCGUUAUCACACACACACACACACACACACACGCACGCACGCACGCACGCACGCACGCACACACACACACAGGCGCGCGCGCACACAAGAACGCACGCAAUACACAUUCAUGAAGUUUCACAAUAAUGCAAUACAUUUUUUAAUGUAAAUAUACAAAAGGGUUGGGCCAAAAGUUAUAACAACUUUUUCGACCGCCCUCAAUCGAGUUUGAUAUAGUUCAAGCAAGUUAUUUAUAGUUACUGUUUUUCAAGGGUAAACCGAUAAUAUUUUGGAAUUUUGUUUCAUUGCUCAAAUAUAGCAGAGCUAACGUUUAUCUUAACGACUAUAUAUAAUAGAUCUUUUAGCGUAACGUCAAUCUUGACAACUAUCUUUAAGCUUUUUUGAAUCAUUGAAUUAUUAGUCCCGCUACUUUUGAAUAUCUGUUAUAUAUAUCACUUCACGAUUUAAGUACUAACCGCUUUAAUUCAUCCUAAAAUUUCUGUUUUCUGUGUGUCAUAACUUAUAAUCCCAUCUUUUAAAGCCUUCAACUACGCUGAAUGUAUUCUAUCUUUAUUGCGCUUUUGCCCUACGCAGAAUGCGCAUGCGCAAAAUGCAACAUUGGUUGCUAUGGAAAAAUCGUACUGUAAAAAGGUCUAUACAAAAUAAGCGGGACUAAUAAUUCAAUGAUUAAAAGUCUUCUGUUCAAGGUUUCAUUAAAUAACUUUUUUAUCAGUAAUUUAAAUUGAAACAGCAGGGUGUUUAAGAUAAAUUUUAUUACCCAUGUAUUACAUAACAUUACACAAUUGGUAUUCCUUCGAAAGAUUGGCAAGGCGGUAAGUGGGAAACGGAUUGACAAGUGACCGGUUGUUAUUUGUCAGCUUGUAUUAAGAGGUUAAUACACGACAGGAGAGGGCCGGAAGGUGAUAAUCGGCCCGCAAAAUGAAUAAUGGACCCGAGGGCUUUAGCCCGAGGGCCAUUAUUCAUUCAGGGCCGAUUAUCACCUUCCGGCCCUACUCUGACGUGUAUUAAUGUCUUUAAUACACUUGGUAGAUCUAAUAGUAGCAUUUUUAAAAAACAAAACAAAAAAACAACAACAAAUACUUUGAAGUUCUUUCGAUUAAAUUCUUGUCUACUCUUCUACUGUUCUGUAGCCCGGGGUUCUAUGAUAUCACGGUACUUAACGUUUAUCGGAAAAUAUUUAAAUAUAAAUAUCAUAAAUGAAUGAGAUUUUUUUCUAUUUUAUAAUUGAACAAUUUCCAGAACUGUUUGUCAAAAAAUUAUUUCAAAAGAACCAAUAAAAAUGACAUUUUUUAGAAUAUUUUCAAUGUCUGCCAUUUUGGGAAAUUUCAGAGGAGGUUACUACGGUAUCAAGGUAAUCCCCAAAAAAGCAAGUAUGGAAGGAUAGAUGGGUCAAAACUUUCAAGUUAAGUUGUGAAAAACUUCCAACAGCUAACUUGCUAUAAAAUUAAAACUAUAUGAACAGACUAUAUGUCAGUAUAUGUGUUUAUAACAUAUUUUAAUUGACUGUGUAAAAACCAUUAAGGAAAAUGGUAGUCAAAUAUGAAGGUUUUAUAAAAUAGUUUUCUUGCCACAAAUACAUUCAUU